CACACCCUCGUCCGUGUUCUGGCUCGUCUGCGCGGCUCCUCUUUUUGCCGGGCCCCCCCCCCCCCCCCGGGAAUGUGGCGGCGUUUAGAGGGCCGGCGUGGCCCCCCACGCUAGGAGACGGCCAUCAGCGCUUCUCUAGAUCAAGGGUCACCAAGGCGGGCACCAAGGCGGGCACCAAGGCGGGCACCAAGGCGGGCACCAAGGCGGGCACCAAGGCGGGCACCAACACGGGCACCAAGGCGGGCACUAAGGCGGGCACCAAGGCGGGCACCAAGGCGGGCACCAAGGCGGGCACCAAGGCGGGCACCAACACGGGCACCAAGGCGGGCACCAAGGCGGGCACCAAGGCGGGCACCAAGGCGGGCACCAAGGCGGGCACCAAGGCGGGCACCAAGGCGGGCACCAGGUCGCCCACCGCGAGCGACCCCGGCCGGCGGCGCUGAGCGUCCUCCGCCAUGGCCAAGCGAGAGGCCGGGAGCGCCAGCCCGGUUGUGCGCCAGAUAGACAAACAGUUUUUGGUGUGCAGCAUCUGUCUGGACCACUACCGCAACCCCAAAGUGCUGCCCUGCCUGCACACCUUCUGCGAAAGCUGCCUCCACAACUACAUUCCCCCGGAGUCCCUGGCGCUCCCGUGUCCGGUGUGCCGGCAGACGUCCAUCCUCCCGGAGAAAGGAGUGUGCGCCCUGCAGAACAACUUCUUCAUCACCAACCUGAUGGAGGUCCUGCAGCGAGACCCUGAGUGUUCCAGACCGGAGGCCUGCAGCGUGCUGGAGUCGCUCAGCGCGGCGGCGGCGGGGAAACCUCUCAGCUGUCCAAACCACGAAGGAAAGGUGAUGGAGUUCUACUGCGAGUCCUGCGACACGGCCAUGUGUGUGGACUGUACGGAGGGGGAACACCGCCAGCACGCCACCGUCCCUCUGCACCACGUGGUGGAGCAGCAGAAGGCGGCGCUCAGAACGCAGCUGGACGCCAUUCACAGCAGGCUGCCUCAGCUCACGGCCGCCAUCGAGCUGGUGAGCGAGAUCUCCCGCCUGCUGGCGGAGAGGAAGAAGGAGGCGGUGGCGGACAUAACAAGCACCUUCGAGGAGCUGCAGCGAGCCUUGGACCAGCGCAAGACCAGCCUCAUCACAGACCUGGAGAACAUCUGCAGCGCCAAGCAGAAGGUUCUGCAGGCCCAGCUGGCCUCCCUCCUGCAGGCCAGAGACCACAUCCAGAGCAGCUGCAGCUUCACGGAGCAGGCUCUCAACCACGGGACCGCCACUGAGGUUCUGUUGGUUCAGAAGCAAAUGAGCGAGCGCGUGACAGCGCUGGCGAGACACGACUUCCCGGAGCGACCGCAUCAGAACGAACAUCUGGACUGUCAGGUGGAGACUGAAGGUCUGCGGCGCUCCAUCCAGAAUCUCGGCGUCCUCCUCACCACCGCGGCGGUGGCUCACACCUCCGUCGCCACGGGGGAGGGUCUACGCCACGCCGCCACCGGGCAGCACCACAGCAUCACCGUGACCACCAAAGACAAAGACGGAGAACUGGUGAGGACGGGGAACGCCCUUUUAAAAGCCCACAUCGUGUCCACGGACGGCGUCCGUGUGGCCGAGCCGGACGUGACGGACAACAAGAACGGGACGUACGAGGUGGGCUACACGCUGCGCUCCGAGGGCGAGUACUCCUUCGCCCUGGCGCUCUACGGGCAGCCCGUACGCGGGAGCCCCUUCCGUCUGCGCGUGGUCAAGUCCUGCGACCUCCCGACCUCGCCCGACCACCUCAAGCGACGCGUCAAGUCUCCCGCCGGCACCGGGGGCCACAUCAGGCAGAAGGCGGUGCGGCGGCCCUCCAGCAUGUACAGCACCACCAAGAAGAAGGACAACCCCAUCGAGGACGAGCUCAUCUACAGAGUGGGGUCCCGGGGCCGAGAGAGGGGAGAGUUCAGCAACCUCCAGGGCAUCUCGGCGUCCGGCGGCGGCCGAGUGGUGGUGGCCGACAGCAACAACCAGUGCAUACAGGUCUUCUCCAACGACGGCCAGUUCAAGAUGCGCUUCGGCGUGCGCGGCCGGUCGCCGGGGCAACUGCAGCGGCCCACGGGCGUGACCGUGGACCCCAACGGCGACAUCGUGGUGGCCGACUACGACAACCGCUGGGUCAGCAUCUUCUCCUCCGACGGCAAGUUCAAGAACAAGAUCGGGGCGGGGCGCCUGAUGGGUCCGAAGGGCGUGGCGGUGGACAAGAACGGUCACAUCAUCACGGUGGACAACAAGGCCUGCUGCGUCUUCAUCUUCCAGUCCAACGGCAAGCUGCUCAGCAAGUUCGGAGGGCGGGGCGUCACGGACAGACACUUUGCAGGUGAGAAACACACCUGGCCUCUGCGGGGACACUUUGCAGACAAACUGGGCCCAAGCCUAAAUAAGUCUGGCUCGGUUUUCAGUGUACAGCGCCGACGGAGAGUUCCUGUUCAAGUUCGGCUCUCACGGCGAAGGAAACGGACAAUUCAACGCCCCCACGGGAGUGGCGGUGGACGCCAACGGAAACAUCAUCGUGGCCGACUGGGGAAACAGCAGAAUACAAGUGUUCGACAGCACAGGUUCCUUCCUGUCUUACAUCAACACCUCUGCAGACCCUCUGUACGGCCCCCAAGGUCUGGCCCUCACCUCGGACGGCAACGUGGCCGUGGCCGACUCCGGCAACCACUGCUUCAAGGUGUACCGAUACCUGCAGUAGCCACGCCCCCCCACCAGGACAUCUUUCAUCCUCUCCUUUCCUGUCUUCGCUCCUCCAUCUUGGCCAACUUGUGGAAUGACAUUGUUUGCCAAACAGAUAAGCCCCGCCCCCUCCUGUCUGAAUGUUGUCAAAUAUUCUAUAUAAGUUUACUUUGAAAUAGUAAUAUAUAUAUUAUAUAUCAAUGUGAAUAUUUAUCAUUUAAUGGUGCUUCUUCAGGAAGUCAACAGCAGCUAAUGACGCCAAACAUGUGUUUUUUGGUCUCGCCACCAUUUCGAGUGGGAGGAGCUUGUGUAGCCAAAACAUGACCUUGUCUGCUUUAAUAUUAAAGUCUUCAACUCUUAA